AUGGGAAGGGAGCUCAAGUGUCCUAUAUGCUUGAGCCUUCUGAGUUCUGCAGUUUCACUCACCUGCAAUCAUGUGUUCUGCAAUGACUGUAUUGAUAAAUCCAUGAAGGCAGCAUCCAACUGUCCUGUUUGUAAAGUUCCUUACAGGCGAAGAGAAAUUAGGCCUGCUCCUCACAUGGACAAUUUGGUGAGCGUUUAUAAGAGCAUGGAAGUAGCAGCAGGAGUCAAUAUAUUUGUCACCCAGACUGCUGGGGAGCCUACCAAAACAUCUGGUGAAGAAACUCAAAGCUGUGUUGAUAUACACAACGUCCAAGAUAAUGGCAAAACCCAAGUGCAAAAAUUAAGCUACACAGUUAAAAAACAACUUCAAAGACAAGUGUCGAAAUGUACAACAGUGAGUUCCCAGAGAUCUUCUCAAUCAAACCAAGAGAAACCUUCAUUUCCAGCAAAGAAGAGAGUCCAGGUACCACCAUAUCAAACUUCUGAGGCCCCAACUGAUCAAAACAAGCUGGAAGGUAUCUCUGGUGAGACUGGCAGAAAACAACAAAAAAAGAGUACCGUUCCGCAAAGAGACAUGUCAUUUAGAAGUGAAAAGGGUGAACAGAGGUUAUCUCCAUUUUUCUGGCUGAGAGAUAAAGAUGCUUUAGAGGAACUAAGUCAACCGACUGAUGAUAAUGAGGUCAUGUAUACCCCGCUUGAUGUUCCAUGCUUCAGUGAUAUCAAGGACUCAGAUGAUGAGGCUCCCUGUAGAGUAAGCCAGGAAAGAGGAAUGGGAGAAUUACCAAAUAGAACAGAUUUUUUUGACAGUGAGAUGUUUGAUUGGACGCAGAGGCCUUGCUCUCCUGAACUUUGUUCGUGCCCACUAGCAAUGAAGGUUAAGGACCCCGUUGAAGAGAGUGGUAAUAAACAGAAGGUUGAGAAUGACUUAAAAGAAAUAACCACAGAGCCAAAGAUUUGUCUGAACAAGAAAAAGUAUUUAAGUAAGAAAAGGAAGAACUCCAAAGUCUCUGAGCAGAAAAAUGGAAUAGAAAUGUCAAAUAAGAAAGUCAGCUAUUCAACUGAGAACAGAAAGAGGAAAAGAGCCAAAAAAAGUCUUUGUGAGGAAAUUGCAGAUCAUGUUGAGUCUGACAUGGUAAUAACCCAAAAUAUUUUGGAAGGCAAUAAAGUCAAUCCAUCUAUUUCCAGGGGAAAACCGAGAAAGAGCAAAAAGGUAUACCCUGGUGCUAGCAGCCGGGAGGAAAAAAUCCCAAACGUAUGUGAUGGAACACGACCGUUGCCAAACAACAAGGAUAUUCUGACUCCUAGUGUUUCAGCUUCAGAAAAUGCUGAAAAAAUCAAUAAAACAGAAAGCAAGCUGAAAAUGAGUGGUGAAAGCAGCAAAAGCACCACUAAAAGACUGUCUAAGCGAGAGAAGUUUGGGAGUAGAGUGAAACGUGGAAACUCGGGGACUGGCAAUGGCAACAUGACUACAGAGCCAGUAAAUAAUGUUCUAGACCCUGAGUCAUGCAAUAAGUUAUUGCCAACUGUCAGAAAAGAAGUUUUGAGCAGGGGCAUUACAAAUACUUCCACAGAAGAAAGUGGUAAACUUCCAAAAUCUCGGAAGAAGGUAAAAUUCUCUGCUGAUGGCACAUCGAAGGAUAUCUGUGCUGGUUUGACUUUAAAUUCUGACGAGAAGGGUGUCUCGAGAUGCAAGUCACAUCAAGAAAGUGCAGAUGUAACAGAGCAAAUAAAGUCGGAAGUUCCUCCCAAAAUGGAUAAAGCAACUUUAUCUUUAAAUGGUGGGAUUUUGCUUAAAUGUAAUACAUCUGCUACAUUCCACUGUGCUUUCUGUCAGUCUUCUGAGGAGUCUGAGGCAACAGGAAGCAUGGUUCACUACCUCAAUGGGAAGCUAGUGGCAGAAAAUCACAAUGCAAAUAAAGAUGCUAUACAUGUCCACAAAAAUUGCACGGAAUGGGCUCCCAAUGUGUAUUUUGAUAAUGAUAAUGUUAUCAACCUAGAAGCUGAACUGUCUAGAAGCAAGAGAAUUAGAUGCUGCUGCUGUGGAAUCAAAGGGGCUGCUCUAGGCUGCUACGAGAAGAGUUGCCGAAAGAGUUUUCAUGUCACUUGUGCCAGGCUUACUCCAGAGUGUCGGUGGGAUUUUGAAAACUUUGUCAUGCUAUGUCCAAUUCAUGCUUCGUCUCAACUGCCAAAUAAUACGGCACAAUCUCAAUCCAGUCGGAAAAGAAAAUCUGCCCCAGAAAACAGAAAGUCUAGCAUCCAUCAAGCAAAAGCCUCUGAUGAAUGUAAAAGUGGUUCAACUAUGCAGUGGAAAACUCAGAAGAAGCUCAAGAGUUUGGUUCUAUGUUGUUCAGCUCUCACCAAUACAGAGAAGGAAGUUGUUACGAACUUUGAGAACUUGUCUGGAGUAACAAUACUGAAGAACUGGGAUCCGACUAUCACCCACAUAAUUGCAUCCACAGAUGAGAAUGGGGCGUGCAGACGAACACUGAAAUACUUAAUGGGCGUCUUGGAAGGAAAAUGGAUAUUGAGUGUCGAAUGGAUUAAAGCUUGCAUUGAGACUGGAGAAAUAGUUGAUGAAACUCACUAUGAGAUCUCGAUCGACAUUCAUGGAAUCAGAGAUGGGCCCAAGCUUGGAAGAUCCAGAGUAAUAAAUAAGCAACCUAAGCUGUUCGACGGAUUCUCAUUCUUUUUCACGGGCGAUUUUGAGACUUCAUACAAAGGAUACCUUCACGAUCUUGUAAUUGCAGCUGGAGGAAAAGUUCUCAACCGGAAGCCAGUUGAGGGAGAACAUUCAAGUUCAUUUGUCAAAAGCAAUGCGAAAACAUUCAUUAUUUACAGCAUUGAGCUAACCGAUCAUCAAUCCAGGCCGUGUAAUGGAAGUUCGAUCUUGAAACAGAGACUUUCUCACGCGGAGAGUCUUGCCAGGUCAUCUGGAGCUGUGGUAGCAAGCAAUGCUUGGGUUUUGAACUCCAUAGCAGGUCAUAAAUUGCAAGAACUUGGAGAUUGA